AGGUCAGCAAAGAGAGAGCGAGAGGGUGGGGUCCUUGUAGCCGCUACCGUUAGCUCAGCAGCGGCUAGGUCGGCUGGCGUGAACCGGAGCAUCCUCCAACAAACAGCAGAGAGAGUAAAACCGCACAAACCGCUCUCAUACAGCCCACGUUUAAUCCGACAGAGGAAAUCUCUUUGAAGACAAAGAGUAUAAAGAUGCCUUCAGCGAUGGUUGGCAACAGUGCUGUCCAGUCUGCCACUCCAGACCUGGGAAAUGGAAAUCAUUGUGAGGCCAUGAAGCAGGUUCUUGGUGUCGUUGACAAGAAGGUUCGCAACAUGGAAAAGAAAAAGUCCAAACUGGAUGACUACCAAGCAAAGAAGGAUAAGGGGGAAAGACUAAAUCAGGAUCAGCUGGAUGCGUUGUCAAAGUACCAAGAGAUCAUCAACAACCUUGAGUUUGCUCGAGAUUUGCAAAAGAGCUUCCUGGCAUUGGGCCAAGAGGUUCAAAAGGCAGUGAAGAAAUCUGCAAGACGGGAACAGCUGCAGCGGGAGGAGAUGGAACAACGGCGGCUGAAGACGGUUUUGGAGCUUCAGUUUUUACUGGACCAGUUAGGCGAUGACAGCGUGAGGCAGGAGCUUAAACGACCUGACGCCACUGGUUCUUCUUUGCUCACUGAUGCUGACCUCACAUCUCUUGAUGAGUUUUACAAACUGGUGGGACCUGACAGGAACUAUGAUGUCAGGUUGACUGACCAAUAUGAAGAACCCUCACUACACUUGUGGGACCUGCUUGAGGGCCGAGACAAGGCUGUGGCAGGAACCACAUACAAGUCACUGAAGGACAUUCUGGACAAAGUGCUGCUGAGUGGUUACUUCGAUAGAGCACAAACCCAUCAAAAUGGGACGUGCGAGGAAGAGGAGGAACAAGAGGAGCAGACGGUGGUGGCUGAGUCUACGGCUGGGAAGCAGCCAUCAGAACCUGAAGGAACAGCUACUGAAAAAUACACAGAGCCAGUUAAAGUGGAAACCACAGAGUUCAUAAACAGACAGUUCAUUCCAGAAACAUCGUACAGCAGUACAGAUAAAGACCAAGUGGAGGAGUGGACAGUGGAGGCUCAGAUGGUGAAUUCCCUCCAGCACCAGCCCCCUGUCCAGCUGGCUACAGAUCCAAAUGUUACUGUGAACCAUGCCUCUCCCACCCCGACCAAUGACCCAGUGGUCAGGAAGCAGGCGGUGCAAGACCUCAUGGCCCAGAUGCAAGGGACGUACAACUUCAUGCAGGACUCCAUGUUGGAGUUUGAUGGCCAGGCUCUGGACCCAGCUAUCGUGUCUGCCCAGCCCAUGAAGCCUGUGCAGACUGUGGACCUGCAGCAGAUGGGCUGCCCCUCAACCCUCUCAGAGUCCAGACUUCCUCAAACAAGUGUAGUGCCUGGACCACCAGAAUCAUCACAAGGCUCGAUGUCUUUGUCAUCUGAGCAGUCCCCCGCCCCAUGUUCUCUGUCCUCUGCCUUCCCACCUGUCUCCAAACCCUCCCACACUGGAGGCAUCAAUGUCAACGCAGCACCCUUCCAGUCAGUGCAAGCGGUAUUUAAUUUGAACGCACCUGUACCUCCAGCGACUGACGGCCAAGCAGAUCCUCUGAAGCAGCCCAGCCAGUUCCCUGGUGGCUAUGGACCGGGGUUUAGCAGCCAGUCAGAGAGUGCUGUCGAACAGCCUGACAUCCCACAGGAGACAUUACAGUCAGUUGUCGGUGGGUUCCAGCCACAAGACCAAGUCAUGCCGACGGCCGGAGGCCAUGAAGAAUCCUCUCCAGGCGCAGGGUUUGGACAGUCGGGACAGUCGUUUUACAACAGCAGGGGUGUGCCCAGAGGUGGACCCAGGAACGCCCGUGGCAUGAUGAACGGUUACCGGGGUUCCUCCAAUGGAUUUAGAGGUGGAUAUGAAGGCUAUCGACCCCCUUUCUCAAAUGCUCCCAGCAGUGGUUAUGGUCAAACCCAAUUUAACACAUCCCGGGACUAUUCCAAUAACACCUACCAGCGGGAGGGAUAUCAGCAAAACUACAAGCGGGGAGCUGGCCAAGGACCUCGAGGUUUGUCCCGAGGAAACGCUCAAGCAAUGCGAUCAUAAAAAGAUCUUAAAGACCACCAAGUCGCGCCACGUUUAACAUUCAGGAUUUUUGAAUGUGUUUGCCCCAGCUCACUUUUAUAACAAUGUUUUCUUUCUCAUUGGUAAUCUUAUUUUUUUUUAACUCCUGGCCUACUUAUCAGAGUCAGUCUGCUUUGGUCUGUCUAGAUCCUCUUAAUGUUUUAACACAAAAUGCUGAACUUCACCACAUGUAGGAUUAUCAGCAAGUCUGUGUGAUAUAAAACAACAAAUAGAUAUUCCUGUAAACUUGAAAGAUUUCAUUAAUUUAUUUUUUGUACAAAAUAAAUGCAAAAAAUACCCUGCCACUGUCGAUCUGAUUCCAUGAAAAUAGUUUUCUUCUGCCCUAUGCUGUCAGCCACUUUUUCCUCUUGAUCUUAUAAUUUUCAUAAAAUCAUUUAAUUUUUUUUUUUUUUUUACACCCCUCUGUCACCUCUUCGCGCCAUCACCUCUUUGUACGCUGAUGUUAUUGGUUGAGACUGUUUCAAUAAAGUUGUGUUCUAUUACCA